AGAGAGAGAGAGAGAGAGAGAGAGAGAGAGAGAGAGAGAGAGAGAGAGAGAGAGAGAGGAGAACGCGAGCAGAGCAGAGCGCGCUCAGGCUGUUACCACUGCGCAAUUGCGCGCACGCUUAAGCGCUCUGUUUUCCCCUCAGCGCGCCUGAAGUGGCGCUCAUCUCUCGCCGCCCGUCGCUUUCUCUACCGCGUCACAUCACACCUUCCAGCCGCCUCCGCAAACAUCGCUGAACUUCAUCGACUACCAUGUGCCACAGCUGACGUGACCACUCGUUCGGACUCCGCGGACGUUUUUUUUACCCCCACUUUGCUCCUAAAUUCCCCCCCGCGCCUGAUCUCGAGCUUCAUGUUAAUGACAGACGAGCGCGCCGUCACAAUAAAGCGCGCAGUCGUUAUGCGCGGCACUUGGCGUCUUCACCCCGCAUCCAGCAUGACGCUUCUAUUGCUUCCUGACUUUUCUUUAGCACUGGAGUCUAUAGCCAUGUCUGAUAAACUUCGGGCAAAAGAAGACAGCUCUUGAACAUCGUCUGAGACGCGUGUACGUGUACGCGUCUCCUGCGCGCAUCGUUACUUAGUGAAGAAAAUAAGGGGGAAACAUCAAGAAAACCAGCUCUUUUUCUUCGCCUCCGGACAUCUGGAGCUAGCUAAUGCUGCUUGGCUGAAGAUGUUAGCCUUAAUUACAUCUGGACGGAGAUUCCUAACUUAAAGGUGUCACAAAAGCGAGCGUCGACCUUUGAGGAGUCCACCGUAAAUGGGAACUGGGCUGAUUCUGGAUCGGUCUUGUGAAAUAUGUGGAUAAAGUGGUGUAGAGAACGCAGGUGAUGCUGGAUGGUUUUCAAGUUGCCCCAAUUAGACUCAUAGUCCUUUUUUCUUCUGUCCAGUUUCAUGGCUGCACUGAGACCAUUGGGACUCCUGGGAUGCAGAAUGUGGGUCCUCCUCACCUUUGUCCACCUCACUAUGGAUCUCUCCAUGUGCGCUCCAGUCGGGACUGGGCUUAGGCUGCUCCCUCGGCCACUGCCUCGCUUACGUCAUCGUCUUCUCACCAGGGAUGUACCCAGUGGUCCGCACUGGAGGACUCUGGGUACCUGGCAGCGUGGUAUCUCACAUCCUGUACCAAUACUUGACCACCGAGAAGGACUAGGAGGAGGAGGAGGUGGAGGAGGAAGAGAGGGGAUGGGGUCCAAACCACAGUCACAGAGGAAAAAACGUCAUCUUUGUGAGAACUGCACCUCCAGUGUCCCUGCCUCAGAAGGAGGCGAGUCGCUGGAGUAUUUGGAGGGGAGUAAAACUGACAUUUUACAGCACUUGUUGCGGCAGCGUAGGCAGUUGAAGUGGGAUAGUUAUGACAGUUAUUCACAGGAAGGGAGGACCACUACAGUGGCAGGAUUUAUUGACUGGGGGCCCACCGGGACGGAUGAUGGUGCGGAGGAUGAAGUAAAAGUUAUCCCUAAGACUACUACAAAGGCCACCACCACUACUACUACCACUACUACAACUACCACCACCACACGCAGCCCACAAAGGACUCAUGCGGUGUUCACCACUGCCCGUCCUAGGAGGCUGACUACUACACAGCCUGCUGUUAAUCUCGGCGUGACCGCCAAGCCACAAAAGCCAUUUGGAGAUACACCAGGUUUGGCAGUGCAUCAGAUCAUCACUAUCACUGUUUCCCUCAUCAUGGUCGUCGCAGCCUUGAUAACAACACUAGUCCUUAAAAACUGCUGUGCACAGUCGGGAAAUGGCCGCCACACUAGCCACCAGAGGAAGAUCAACCAGCAGGAAGAGAGCUGCCAGAACCUGACUGACUUCACGCCGGCACGCGUGCCCAGCAAGGUGGACAUCUUCACCGCCUACAACGACAGUUUACAGUGCUCCCACGAGUGUGUGCGCACCGCUGUGCCCGUCUACACAGACGAGAUGAUCCAACACACACCGAUUUACAAGACCACCUAUAACGGGAGCAGACCAUCGCCAACUGAAAGGCAGCUAAUCCCUGUGGCCUUUGUGUCGGAGAAAUGGUUCGAGAUCUCCUGCUGAGGGCCUUUUGCUACCCGUGGUAGUAACUGCAGCUUCCUCAAUUUUGGACCCUGAGUCCCAUUGGAACACCUUGAAUUCCCAAAUAAAGAAAAUUUAACAAACGCCCAUGCAUUGCAGAAAGAAGAAUUAGAACGUAGACGACAUUUUUGGGGAUUUCCUGGACAUGGAGCGAAGAUGUUUAUUUUUCUAAACUGAUCACAGAUGAGAUUUGUUCUAUGGUUCCCACUUCAAAUUAUUUUCCAUAUAGACUUCUGGUCAUUUAGAAACGAUAAAAUAGACUUAAAGUUAAUAUAUUAUAUACAUAAAUUACUGUAUGUGUAGAAGUAAUGGAGGAAGAUCACCGCCAUAGACGUUGGAAUGCUAUUUCCUGAUGGGCUGCUUUCUGUGAAAAGAGCGAACAGACUUUUCAGAACUACGUGCCAAUAACGCCAAUAUGUGCCAUAUGUACAGAUGGGACGCGUCUGGGAGUUUAUCGAAAAACUACAGAUACAACGACGAGUCAUUUCUGUGACAGUUAUUCUAUAUCAACCAUCCUUUUUUGUAUAGAAAGUAUAAAUAUGUAUUUGAACUGUUUUGAAUAGUUGAACAAAAUGUGUUGCAGACGUCCAAAAAUAUUUAUAAGGAGCACUAUUUGAUUUUGACUAGGUAAAAGAAACGAAAUGACGAGAACCUUGGCCGACUUUUGAGUUUGAGUUUAACGUAUUGUUAUUAGGCCCUGUUUUAAAUAGAAUAGUCUUCUCUAUUUUUGUAUACACACACACACACACACACACACACACACACACACACACACACACACACACACACACACACA